AUGGCCGGCGAAGCAAACGAGAAUGAGGGAAGAGGGAAACGUUACGAAAAAAUCAAAUUUUUAGGCGAAGGACAGUUUGCACAAGUGUACAAGGCACGGGAUGUACAAAAUGAUGGACGCAUAGUCGCAGUUAAAAAGAUUAAAUUAGGUAAUAGACAAGAAGCCAAAGAUGGAAUCAACAGGACUGCACUCAGGGAGAUUAAGCUGUUACAGGAACUUUAUCAUCCAAACAUCAUUACUUUGAUGGAUGUCUAUGGACAAAAGUCCAAUAUAUCACUGGUGUUUGAUUUCAUGGAAACAGAUCUGGAGGUGAUUAUCAAAGACAUGACGGUUGUUCUGACCCCAGCGCACUGCAAGUCAUAUAUUGUCAUGACCAUCAAAGGACUUGAGUAUCUUCAUGCUAACUGGAUCCUGCACAGGGAUUUGAAACCAAACAAUUUGUUGGUUGACAGGAACGGGGUGCUAAAGAUUGGAGAUUUUGGUUUGGCGAAAACCUUUGGCUCGCCAAAUCGUGUGUACACACAUCAAGUUGUCACGAGGUGGUACAGAGCGCCAGAGCUACUGUUUGGAGCAAGAAUCUACGGUGUGGGAGUUGACAUGUUUGCUGUCGGCUGCAUUUUGGCAGAACUACUUCUCAGGGGCGUCACGAGGCUGCCGGACUACGUUCAGUUCAAGGACUUCCCCGUCGUCCCGCUGAGUGACAUCUUCACGGCAGCGGGAGACGACUUGCUAGAGAUCCUCGCCUCCCUGCUCGACGUCAACCCCAACGCCAGGUGCACCGCCACCGAGGCGCUGAAGAUGCCUUACUUCAGCAACAAGCCGCCGCCUACUCCCUGCCACCUGCUUCCGAUGCCGGACUCCGUGACUUCGGAGAUCGUCAAGGAAACGGACACGCGACUCGGAAAGCGGAAGAUGGACAUGGACAACACGGGCGGCCUGGCUAAGAAGCUGGUCUUCUGAGCUGGGAAUGAUGAAGAACGUUGGUUGUGUGGAACCGCCUUGCAAACCGGGAUGGCUGGACCAGACCUCGCCCACCGAUAACAUCCCGUCAUUUCCAGACAUCACCCACCGAUAAGGCCGUAUUACGAGCGGGCAUCAGCCGCUGACGAAGCCCCCGACUCGUAGUGUGUUACAGCGUGAUGUUGUUGUCGGUGAACUCAUAGCAAACCAUAUCGCAGGAGUGUACCUCGGUACAAUAGCUGGCGCGCUGUCUCACGUGGAACAGUCAGCCGAAACAGCGUCAAGCACCGUUGAUGGUAGGGUGAUAUUUUUAGUGUGGUGCGAAGAUCGGUCAGCAAGCAGGUGUUACGAUGCGCGUAUAUGUUACAAUGCCUGGAAACGUGCGGGCGGAUAAUCUCUGUGAUAUUGUUGUUACUCGAGUGUGAAUGAUGUAGACAGCGGUUGGUGUCCUACGCAGUAGAACGAGUCGGGAACGUAUCCCCCAUUUAAUUUCACGCAAUUGUUUUGGUUUUCUAGUGUCACUCGUUGAAUCCACUCGACUGUCGCAAACAUUAAUGAGGGGCAAUGGCGAGAGUAGUAGUGUGAAGCAAGACUUGAGAUAUCUGAUAGAUUUGAAAAUGUUUCAUACCGAUUGCAAUUGCCUGUGAUGUAUGUUUAAUUAUAGUGUCACAUAUUUUUUGCACUGAA